AUGACGAAAUCAGAAGUCCUAGGAUGCCAGUAUCAGACUCAAUCCAUUUCCAUUAUACCCUAUGAUGAACACGAACAAGGGUUGGUUUUCUAUGGACCUGGGCAAAAGGAGACAGAGGAUUAUGAGGCCACUGAAGCCUCAGCUUUCAUCGAGGAGCUCGAAGAGCUGCAUGAAAGUGAGCAGAGCUCAUCUAUCCUCACCUUCGAUCAAUCUUUCUUCAAAGAAACACCCCAAGAUACGCAGCACGAGGAAUUCUAUUCCCUAAUCAUUACAAGCCUAGAAUCUCUCCUCCUCGGACACAAUGAGAGCAACACUCAAAGCGAGAAACGCCUACAAAGCCUUCCACAACUCUUUCCCUCAGCCUUCAGUCCAGGUUAUUACAAAGAGAUGAGCCAACGUUCGCAACUAAUCCCAUCAAUUGCCAAAUCACUAUCAUCCAUGAUCAAGCUCCCUAACUACCAAUCCUUACUCCCCAAGGUUAACAAUCUAACUGCAUCAGCCACCACUCCACCCUUUUCGAUAAACCCAUCCAAUACACGGAACAAUAUAAAAGCAGCCCUAUGGCGUAUCGCCCAGAAACAGCUCUACAAACCACAAGCGUCACGUGAGCUGCGUCUCCUUGCACCAUCACCGCCCAAGUUACAGGACAGAAAGCACCAGCAGUCUUGGGAUGACGGCACGAUUACCGGCAGCCAAGUAGCACAUACACAGCAUCACGAUGUCAACAGUGACCAAGAAUACGCGGAAGAAGAUCUCCUGGGAUUCAGCGAGUCCGAUGAGGUCAGCUGUGAAAUGCUAUCUACUGCAUUUUCAUCAUCGAUCGGGUCGUUACGGUUCUCCCAGAGCAAUGACGACCUUAUAUCCGAAUUAGAGGAAGAUAUCCUGAGUCCGACACCGUUUUCGGAAGAUUUGACAUUUAAUGAAGAGUUCGGAGAUUAUGAAGAUGAUAUGCUGUGUGGUUAUAUCUGA